AUGGCUAACAGUGUGACCGUCAACAAAAAGACUACGAAGCAUACCUUCUCUUGCAGUUUCUACCGUGAGGAUAUAACACCUUUGGUUCGAUUGGGCACCCGAGUUACUGGGCAAAAUUUGGAUGAAUUCAGAAAGACUUAUGGCCACAUUCUGCUUAUGUUAACUACUCGUAUUGAUGAGUGGAGUCUCUAUACUCUUCUUCAGUUUUAUGAUUCUGAGCUGCGUUGCUUUACCUUUCAAGAUUACCAAUUAGCCCCUACCCUCGAAGAGUAUGCACACAUUCUUCAAAUCAAAGUUCAACAUAAGGAUAACUGGAAGCCUAAUGGUGGGACCUAUGGAUUCUAUGUGAAAUUUCUGAUGAGGGAAGCUGAAACCCUUGCUGAUAAGGAAAAGUGGAAAGAAUUCAAUGCUCUCCUGGCCGUCAUGAUCUAUGGAUUAGUGAUGUUCCCGAAUAUUCCAAACUUUGUUGAUCUCACUGCCAUUUGUCUCUUCAUGGAUCAAAAUCCUGUACCCACUCUGUUGGCCGACACUUAUUAUGCCAUCCAUUCUAGGUAUGGAAAAAAGGGAUCAGUUGGGGGUUGUUUGCCAAUACUGUACGAAUGGUUUUCUUCACAUUUGCCUAAAAGCGGAGCAUUUGUCACUACAAGAGAUUCACAGAAGUGGCCCCAAAGGAUUAUGGGACUUACUGCUAAUGAUAUUGUUUGGUAUCACCUCCGAACGGACAUCGAGCAAGUUAUAACCAGAUGUGGAAGUUUUGGCAAUGUUCCUCUCAUAGGGACAAAAGGAGUUAUCAACUAUAAUCCGAAGCUAGCACUGCGCCAGUUGGGUUUUGCACUGAAGGACAAGCCUUUGGAAAAAGAGAUAUUUGAGUCCGUUUGUUUUGAAAAAGGGACCGAUCCAGAAGGUUUGGAGAAAGUGAGGAGUGCGUGGAACAAAAUUCAUACAGAAGACCGAACUACCUUGGGGGGAAAGAAUGCCAUUGCUAAGAAAGCUUAUACUGAAUGGGUUGAAGAAAGAGUUAAGGAGCGUCUGUUGCCUUUCCCGAAGGUUAGCCCUCUCUAUGAACAACCACCUGAGAUUUUAACUGCCACUGUACCAGCUGAGGAGUACAACCAAGUACAUGUGGAGAAUAUCAGGUUGCGAGAAAAAGGGGAAGACGCUAAAAUAAAGUACUUCUUGGUGGAUCAGAAAAGGGCUGAAUUAGCACAUGAGGUUAAAAUGCUGAAAGGAGGAUCUUCCAGGGUUCAAAAAAGGGCUAGAACUGAAAAGGGGGAAAGAGCUACCACUGUUCGUAUUGAGGACCAUCAAAGGGUUAUAGAAGAAGCGGUAAAGAAAGCAGAAGAAAAGCUCAAGCAAGAGUACAGAGAAGAUUUAAGGGCUCACAAGCUCAGAGUAGAGAAAGAGGCUAGGGCCGAGAGGGUAGCAAUCAAAAAGAAGCUUGAAGAGGAAACCACUCAGAGGGUAGCAAUCAAGAAGAAGCUUGAAGAGGAAAUUACUCAAAGGUUAGCCGUGGAGACACAACUCAAAGGUAGUCAUCUCCGUUCCGCUCGACUAACAGAAGAGAAUGCAAAGCUCAGAAACCAGAUAGCAGAAAUGGAAAGUACAUCUGAAAAGAAUACCCUCCCUGAUUGCAAAGGAUGUGAGAGCUUGGUGGCCCACUGUGAUAUGUUAGAUGGGCAGUUGUUUCGCAAAGAUGUGGCUUGUUGGAUGGGGUCCUUUGUCUUUUCUGUUGUUUGA